CACAUCACAACCACCACCAACUUCAAUUCGGCGGUCACGGAACAGGCGCGAUAUCAAGUAGGCUACCUGGGUGUAAACAUUCGAACCUGAUAAUCGGCGCGGUCAUUAUUUCGUAGCAAAUUGCAACAUGCAGCAGAAUUAACCUGAUUCUGGAUCAAUUUGACCAUGUCAUGUAGGCGGAAAGACACCGAGUCUAUGCGCUCAAUAGACGGCGCAAGUCCGACAUCGCCGAAGAAGCGUCGGCAACGGGAUCUGUCCAGCAGCACAGGAAACGCGAGCGAAUCAAUGCCAAGCCUGCCACCAUGGAUGCGCCUCUAUUUCUACGGGAUGCACGGAGUCACGUUGGAUAUCAUUCUGUCAUCGGCGCACACUUUCCUGCAAAGCAAUGAUCUGAAAUUGCUGGGGUUCUCCUCCCCCUAUAGCUGCAUCCUCCAUUCGAUGACUCAUUUCGCGCUGGAGAAAAUAUAUUCACAAAAAACUAUCUUCCAAGGACGCCCUGUCCUUUUCCAUUGCAUAAUCUACCCUUCUGUGUACAUCGGUCUGCAGAUAUUGAUCGGGAAUACAGUUGCCUUAUCCAGCCACAUCAAAAGCGCGUCAGUAGCGCAGAUUGCUAUUCACUACAUCAUAUCCCUCUACUAUUCGCAAGUGUUUCUCAAGAGAUUUUUGCACCUUCAGUACCACUGUCCAGGGCAACGUACCCUGGCGGAACUGAUUCAAGAGCUGAGGUCUGCGCACGGACUGCCUGGCUUGGUGCGUUUCGUCUUCUUUGGAAUGCAUGGCCUUUUGGAUGAGGUCGUAUUCACCUCGAUAUUCAAUCUGAUUGAAAAAUCUGACAGAACACUGAGCGGUCAUACGUCUCUCUGGUCCUUCCUUAUGUACGGAAGCUGCAGCUUUGUGGUGGAAAAGCUGUACCUGCAUUUGCAUUUCAAGCGAGGAUGGAGUACCUGGAAAAGGCUGCCGAUCUACGUCUGUUUCAUCUAUACCUGGGAGUUCUUGUGGGGGCUGGCGCUGCGGCACUACGGCGCAUGUUCGUGGGACUACUCCCACUAUCCUUUGAAUUUCAUGGGUCUCAUCACCCUUCUCUAUCUACCUGGUUGGGUCUGUCUCAGUUUGUAUCAAGAUAUAUUGUCCAAUGUCUUGCUACGUGUCGUGUGUGCACAAGACAGUAAGUCGCAAGGAUGCGGAAUCGAUGGGCGCCAUACCUUCAAAGAGAAACGUAUACCCUAAUUUUGGCACGCUGUUAGAGUAGCCUUAUGAUAUGCCAGUGCAUCCGAAAUGACAACGGUUUACUUAAAAUCCAACCAUCAUCGCUGCACACGAGCUUUACAACUAGUAUUUCUUAAGAGAAAUUUUAGUAGCUGUUAAAACAGCUUUACUGUGACGACAGGGCCAAUCCCUUUCAAGCGUGACAGAGCCAAUUAUGUUCAAACAUUUUAUGGUUCUCAGGGCGCGAAGACAACUGCCGUUUUUAAAUACAAUAGGCCUAGUGUAAAUAUAACUAUAUUGUUACUAUCUAGACUUUUGGAAUUUAGAUAUAAAAGACUAAGUAAAUGCUAAUACAAUUCAAUUUGUGUAGCAUUAGGCGGUCAAUGAAGGCAUGGUGGCAUUUGACGGGAAAUUGAAUCCCGUGAUUCCCCCUGCUUUAGGGAGCCUGUUUUAAGAUGUUGUAUCUUGCAUGUCUGUGUAUAUUUUAGUCACUGUUAUGAGUUCGCAAAACUAAGUCAAAUCAGUCCAUGUGUAGGAAGAUGAACACAAUAGCAUAAAUAUGAUGGGACAUCAACCGGUGAAGGAAAAUGUGAUCUCUAAUGACGAUGCACAGUGAUGUCUGUACGGACUGUGGGUUUGUAAAAAAAAAAAAAAAAGAGUAUCCAUUUUGUUACAAUGUUCAUUUUAUGGAGUGCCUUCGACAACUACCUGACUGUGAAAUAAAGAGACACAGUGGCAUGCCAAAUCCUAGCUUUGUGGAGGAUGGCAUGUUUGGUAAGUAGAGAUCUGAAAAUUAACUUCAUUAGUAGCUGUGAAAAGCCUGGGUGGAUUUGGCUGUCAUAUCAAUGUCACAGAUUACACGCUAGCUAAACAUUAGCUGCCAGGGUGUGCUCUCUGGUAAAUCUCGGUUACCAGGUGAAUAAGUAUCUACAUAUGCAACCCCCCAUGAAGUGCAGUGUAUGAGGAAGUUUCAGAAGAUUUGACCAUGUUGAGGCAUAUCAGCUUAAUGAUGAAGGCCGGAUUUAGAAAGGGUUGUUUUGUGACACAUUUAGUGUAUAAAAUAACAUAUCAUGGGAAAACGUUCAGUAAUUACUGCCCGAGAAAUUUAAUCGGCUGUUGCAUUGAAUAGAUACACGUUUUGCAGUUGUGAUACAGGACCAAAAGAGAAAUGGUUUCAAAUAAACCUUGCACUGUGACUUGAGUAGCGGUUUGAGACUGGUGGCUGUACUCACCAAGAGUUAAGAGUAGCAGAAGAACAAGCGUUUUUAACAUUUCUACUAUUUUCUCUUUUGUUGCAGAUAUUUCUCACUGUGUUUAUAACUGUUGGGCAUGUUUUACAUUUUUCUAUUGCCUAUACUGGUAGCUGUGUGUCUCCAUAACAGCAAAAUAGACUUGGAGGCGCAAUAAUGUUUUCUGAUUGCAUCUAUGCUUUCCAUUGUAUUUCAUAUUUUGUACUAAUUUGUGUGAAGAAAGCAUGACAGAUGCAGUGAAUUGUAUAAAUAAUUGCACUUAAAAGCCUCAAUCUCCACCGAAAGAACCUAUGCUUAGAUUUGUAAGUUUAAAAAAAAAGCAGACUUUUUUGUACCUUUAGAUGGAACGGAAUGGAUGAUCUAAUUGCAGCUGCAUGUACAAAUUUCAUAUGCUGUUGAGCGUGAAUUUCCAGUUUCUAAUCUUGAGAGAGAGAGAGAGAGAGAUGGGGAGAUGUACAAGUAAUGUGCAUGGUGUUUUGUCGGCUUUUUAGCCCAAGGUGUGUAAUUCCUGAGCAUGUGUGAGCAAGGAUGUACAGCUGUGUUCCCUGGGACAGGGUGUCUGGGGACAUUUCAUCAAGAUAAAUUCAGGACAUUGUCUACAGGUCUUGAAAAGCAUGUGAUGGAGUAUGUCUAUAUCUAAUGUACUUUGAGAUUUUUCAGGCGAGGCAGCUAAGGAUACAAUUCCUGGUCAUUUUUAACAUCAGUGGUGGAGCACACAACUUUAAAGUGGAUUUUCUCAGAACACUAAAACUAAUGUUCAUAAAAAAAUUUUGCCGCUUAUUUAAGUUUAUUAUUAGUUUGCACAUUGGGUACUUUGUGAUUAGUUUGAUUGUGUGUAUGUGUGUGUGUGUGUGUGUGUGUGUGUGUGUGCAUGCGUGUGUAUUAUAUGCAUUUGUAGGCAUACCAAAGCAAGAAAAAAUCUGUUUAAAAUCUGAAACUGAAUACCUUAAAUUGGUUUUUGUAAUUUUCCUACCAAAGCCACUCUAAUAUUUGUUCUGUUUUCAGAGCAUUGUCUCAAAACCAAUGAAGCACUUUGCUUUUUUGCACUUAUUUUUUCUUGUCUGCAAUUAUUGCAAUGUCAGUCUGGUUAUAUUUCUUAAUAACAUGCAUCAUUUUACAAAAAGCGAUUCGGAAAAAGGUUUGCAAAGAAGUGCCCCUUCAAAGUCUGUAUUGCUAUGGGUGAAUAAACUCUAAAGACGGUAUAUCUAAUAGAUGUGUGAGUUCUCUGUUCUAAGGCUUUCACUAACAGUAUGAAACAGGGUAUGUCGUUAUCUCUCGUAACCUCUUAACUGCUUCCUGUACAAUAUGUACUGAUAGAAUGUUGCCAUGGAGACCGUGCAAUGUGAUGAUCCUGAGCAGAGACAGACUCCACUCCACUUGCAUAAGUUGUCCUGUGUCCUUAUCAGUUGUAAAUAUAUUACCAGUCAUUAAGUCUAGCUCUUCCUGAGUCAUUCAGAUAUUACAUAUAAAAUCUUGACUAUAAUAUCUUGACUUUGAUGGGUGUGUCCCUAAAAGGCAAAUAAAACAAGAACUUUAACCUUGCUAUCACGCACUACAAACACACGCCUGGCUAAGAGCACUUUAUGUCUGGCACAAACUGAGUUGGUGUCGCCACCAGUUAAGGCAACUUUGGAGUAUGUUGCCAGCUAGUGGUCAGAGUGGCUGCCCAGAAAUUUGCAUUAUUUACACUUGGAUACUCCUGGAUUUAGGUCUUCGGUGUCCAACAGGCUUGUGUGCUUUCUCUAAGCAAGAUUUAGCUAUUCUCAGAGGGUGCAGUGGGUUAUCAUGGGUGACAAAUUUGUUCAAUGAAUGUUCGCUUUUAAAUUAAAUAUAAAGAUAGCAGCACACACCCCGUCUUAGUAAUAGAUGAUGUAUCAAAAAUUAUCGGACCUGCAUUUUGUUAGUUGUUCCAAUGAUCUUCGGUACGCAGUUAUUGUACGUCACUUUGGAUAAAAGUGUCUGCCUGAUAAAUGUAAUGUAAUGUUGUUGGACAAAAUCUUGCCUCUGUGUUCAGAUUGUUAUCACAAACACCACACUGGUGACCCCGAUGAGGAUUCCAGAGCUUUUUCCCCAACAUAUGGACAAAUGGGGUCUCUUUGAAGUUGCCGGAGCUUUGGGAACAGCAAGCGGCUGCAUGAUUUGCACAGGCCGAAGCCCCAAUUCGCCCUCGGGGGACAUCGACGCUGUCGAAACCAAAUACUAGCAUGUCAUCGCUUCACUCAGCAGCUCCACCGCAGCCAGAGCACUGAGUGUAUUGGAAGACCCCCCCUGAAGCAGGACAAACACACCACUCCGAAUACUUACCUUUCAGAGACUGUUGGUCUGACAGAGUCUGAAUGCGCCUGCCCGUUGCUUUCCUUUCCCUGCCUCGGUGUUGCGCAACCAUCUGAGCUGCUGGACCUCAUGCUAGCACUUUUGGGCUACCAUAAGGCCUUGCUUCAUUUUUAAAGAACUAUUUUUUUAACAACAAUUACCAGAGCAUGUUUGUGCAGUGCUAGCCAACACGCUCAUCAAAGAUUUCAGAGUGUUAGCUAAAAUGAUGGACUCGCUUCACCCGUUCAACAGUGGCAGGAUCUUUUACCGUCUUUAUUAGCCCAGUCAACAAAAAGCCACUACCCAAACCCACACAGUGCAGCAACAAACACCUCUGCCCACCCUGGGCGGCCUGCACCUCAUUAACACCUUGUCUUCACAACAUAAUACAGGCACCCAGGUACUGCCCCCAUGGACAUGCAAGAAGGGUUGCAGUGGCCCUUCACCUGAAGCCACCAAUGGGAGUAGAGUACAGACAGUCGGUAAGUGAUGAUUGACACUGCACUCUAUGACCAAAAGUAUGUGGACACCCUUUAGCCUGAGGCUGCUUUUCAUGGUUUGGGCUAGGCCCUUAGUUCCAGCGAAGGGAAAUCUUCUAGAUGAUUCUGUGCUUCUAACUUUGUGGCAACGGUCUAGGGAAAAUCCCCCCUCUGUCAUUCCAUUUUAUAUUUACAAAAAAUUCUUGUUAGUUUGACUUUCAAAGUGUUUAAUCUUAUGCACCUAUCAGUGAAUUCAAAUGUAUUAGAUCCCUGUUCAUUUACUGUGUUACCAGUAAAAUUAGAGAAAAUUAGAGAGACAUUGUGGUUUAUGCUUGCUGACAGGAAAAAAGAGACACGCUAAGGUCAGGUAGAGGUGAACAGAUUUAUCUAAAGUUGGACUCUUUGUUCAAAUUUGUAGGUGAGUAACAAGGAUCAUCAGUGUAGCACAGGCAGUCGAACCGCUUAUCAAACCAGUCAACGUCUUCCUGAGACAGACGUCCCUUCACUGACAGUUCACCGGUUAUUGACCACUUGAUCCGGUACCUGGACGGGUCCAGAUGCAGGUAAUCACUCUGGUCCCAUUUCUUCCUUACACAUCGCCCGUUGUUAUUACACAGGGCGGUACUACACAGCUUCGCCGCCGUAGUGACGUUCAAGAGGUAAGGGUUCAGCGUUUUCUCCAAAUAGCGUUGAGCAGCGGAGCAGGUGGCCUUCAAAGUGAAGUAAAUAUAAGAGCGCACACAACGCCAGCGGCUCCUAAAGCAGCAGCCUCCCCGAUAGUACGCACCAGGUCCGGCUGGAACAUCAGCGAACAUGCACAGUGAGGGACAGCAGGGAGGAAGCAAGUAAUACCGCCAGCCAAAUGUUUUUGUCCGUUGCCUCAGCUGGUUUUGGAAAGAGCUCAGUUGGAACAUUCCACAUGAAAGCAAAAGGAAAAUCUGGCUUCAGAGGUGGAGCAGUCUUCGGCAGUGAUCCACAAAGGUUGAUCAGAACCAGGAAAACGAGGCAUUGCCUUAAAUUUAGCCCAUUAAUACACAACAUUCUCACAUGUAGUUUGUAGUAGCCCUUCACCUUGAGCAGAGUAAAAUGAAGAACUGUCAUAAAAUGAAACAGAAUUGAAUAAAUAAUUAUGAUAUCAUGCAGAAAAAAGCCUAACAAUCUGCUGUAUAGUUAUUGUUGAUCAUAAAGUCAGUCAGAACUAUCCAAUUAAAUUAUCAGAAAUUGAUUAAACUUCUUCAUUCAGCUAAAUAUGAGCAAUGAUACCUCUUUGUAAGGUUAAAUUGAAUUACAGUUACAAUUGCUGCAGUCUGUUUUUGUUUGUCUUAGAGGUGUUUUUAUACAAAUGUGCAUGGAUCUUUUCAAAAAUACGCUGUGACAUCAUAUUCUUGAACAGCUCUGUUAUAUUGUUCUAUAUGUCUGUGAAAUUCCAACAAAUACAAAUCUUAAACUAAAAUCUUAAAAUCAAUCAAUACGUUGAAUUUUUGAUUUUCUACAAUAGAAACUCUUACUUUUUUUUUUUUGCAUUUCUCUUAGAGUGCCAUUUCUCCAACAGUGCGUACAAUUAUAUGUGGUUUGCUAUGCAUAAUGCGAUCAGUUUGUAUAUGCAUACUGCCAAAGCCAGUACUUCCAUUUCGUUGGUAGACACCUGUCAUUGACAUCUACAAUUUAGUUGAUUUUCUUUUAAUUAAUAUGAUUCAGUCCACUUAAGUGUUAGAAUAAAUAGAUUUUCAAAAAUACAGCCAGCACCUUAGAGCUGGUUAUAUUUACCUUAUCUGCUUGAUGGUCGAGGUGUGUGGUUGUGAAGGAGGGACACCUCUAAAAUAGCACCUCAAACUGGGAUCUCUGUUCAUGUUUGAUUGUACAUUUACAUCAUUGCAAAUAUUUCAGGCUUACGGCAAUUUUAUUAAGAACUGGUUAUUCAAAACAGUCAUGAUUCUCUGUGAAACAGAACAGCAUUGACUCUGCAAAGCCCCAGAAGCAAAAACAGUGAUAACUUUAUGAAGGUGUAACAUGGGCGCCCACAAGCACGUUGUCUCCUUUAAUUCUUUAAGUUAUCUUCAAAGAAAAUAUUUUUUCAACAUAAUUGUUAUAUUAUACGCCAUGUAUAGUGUACAACAUUAUAGAAUCAUGUUACCUACAGCUCCCACACCUGCUCCUUGUAGACCAGGGUCCAGUGUGGGUGCAGGUUUUUGUUUUAGCCCAGUACCUGAUUCUGCUUAUCUACGUCUUGACUGAACACCGUGAUUAGUUAAUUAGUUGAAUCGGGUGUCAUAGUGCUGGGCACCCACAUCAGCCCUUUUUGGAUGAGAUUGUACACCCCUGGAUUAGGCCCAGCUCCCUUUUUCCAUAUUCACAGUUUUUACCUGAAGCUCAAAAGUUUUGUGUAGUUACAAUAAAUGGAUUUAAUUGCAGGUUGGUCUAAGGACAUAUUUAAGAACUCACUAAUGCUGCUUGCUGGAGGUAAUCUUCUGUAAUACUUUAAAAGGCUUUAAGUCUACAAAACACAUUCCUGCUUCCACACCCACACCUCCCUCCUCACCCCAUGCCCGCCCAUCUCCCAUUCAGGUAUUGGAACUCCACUAAGUUAAAAAAAAUUGCUCUCAUCCCCCCUCUGUAAACUGUACUUUCUCAACGUCAUGAAAAAUAUAAAAAUAAUAAAUGAAAAUAUACACUGGAUCAAAUUUCAAAAGUAUUUUUUUAUUAAAUGAGAACAUAGCAAAUAUUUACAGACACGGUGAUAGCAGCACAGACAGGCAUCGACUGCAUUUCCGAGGUUUUAGCAGCUGCUUACAUGGCUCUCGUUCUUGCAUCUAAUGUCUCAUAGACAGGGUUCAAAGCCAGAUGUUAUUAUUUGCUAACCAGAUGGUCCACUUCAUGUUCUUAGCAUUUAAAUCGUUGUCUCUUUUCUACGGACAUUAAAACAUUCCAAUUCGAUGCACCGGCUGAAAAAUUCAUUGAAGGGCUUGACCCAAUACAAUGCAGCCUUUUAUAUUUUUCAAUGGAUGUUUGGAAGUACCAAAACUGUUACCUUUUUAAGACCUCCUGAGUAUAUUAAAAAAAAA